AUGAGAUCAAUUUUAAGACUGCGUUUCCUUUCUUCACCAUAUCUUAUCUCACGUUUCACUCCUAAUUCUUUGCCUUUCACAUCAUCUUCUUCUUUUCCUCAUGCCCUAAUAGAACCCACAACAAGCACAAUUGCAGCCACUUCUCUGACCCAAGAAGAGCUUACACAAAUCAAUCUACUAAUCCCACGUUUGUGCUCUUCAAAUCACCUCAAAGAAGUUGCUAAUCUCAUCACAACAGCAUUUCUCACAAACCCAUCUUUAGAAUCAAUCUCUGUUUCCAUUUUCAUUCACAGACUCUCCCUUGAACCUGACCUUACACAGCCCAUGUACUUCCUCAAUCGCCUCAAGUACACCCCAAAGACUCAAUCUUUUCUAUUACCCAUUUGUAAAAUGUUAGUUUCUUUGUAUUUUAGGAACAGGGAGGCUACUAAAGGGUUAAAGAUUUUUCAUUGGGUGUCAAGGCGUGAUUUUCCUUGUCCAGUGGAUUACGGAUUGUGUGCUAUUUUGGUGAAUGGAUUUUGCAAGAAUGAUAUGGUUGUGGAGGGUUUAAAGGUUUUGAGGAUGAUGGUAGUUGGGAAUUUGAAGUUUGGGGGUAAGGUUAGGAUGUGGGUGUAUAGAAGUCUUCUGAGGGAGGCCAGGAUUAAGGAGGCUCAAGAACUGAAUGAAGCUUUGAAGUGUGUUGAGAAUGGGGACAAGGGAAAUGAUGAAGUGGUUGCUUUGUUGGAUAGUAUAAUCUCAAAUUGGAUUGAAUAGAGUGUUUAAGGUAAAUUAUUUGGCUAAUGACU